AUGUCGCAAAAUCGGCGCACCUGUUACGACACCAAGUGGGGCAAGCCGAGCACACCGCACCAUCCUCAACACCGCAGAUGUGAACGAGGACAAACAUGCUCACCUCGGAAGGCCCUCUGCCCCUCUCCCCUGCCCCUCUCUCCCCUGCCCCUCUCUCCCCUACCUUUCUCUCCUCUGCUCCUCUCUCCCCUGCCCCUCUCUCCCUUGCCCUUCUCUCCUCUGCUCUUCUCUCCCCUGCCCUUCUCCCCUGCCUUUCUCUCCUCUGCUCCUCUCUCCCUUGCCCCUAUCUCUCUUGUCCCUCUCUCCUCUGCUCCUCUCUCCUCUGCUCCUCUCCCCUGCCCAUCUCCACUACCCCUCUCCCCUGCCCCCCUCCCCUGCCCCUCUCCCCUGCCCCCCUCCCCUGCCCCUCUCCCCUGCCCCUCUCCCUACACCUCUCCCCUUGCCCUCUCCUCUAUCCCUUGCUCCCCUGCCCCUCUCUCCUCUGCUCUUAUCUCCCCUGAUCCUCUCUCUUCUAAUUCUUUCUCCUCUGCUCCUCUCUCCUCUGAUCCUCUCUCCUUUGCUCCUCUCUCCUCUGAUCCUCUCCCCUCUGUUCCUCUCUCCCCUGCUCCUCUCUCCCCUACUCCUCUCUCUUCUGCUUCUUUCUCCUCUGCUUCUUUCUCCUCUGAUCCUCUCCCCUCUGCUCUCCUCUCCUCUACUCCUCUCUCCUCUGCUCUGCAGAGAUAA